AUGUGGAGGCUGGGGUAUACACAGAGGCAGGGAUGUGGAGGCUGGGGUAUACAGAGAGGCAGGGAUGUGAAGGCUGAGAGCCAGAAAUGUGGAGACUGGGGUACACAGAGCCAGAAAUGUGGAGACUGGGGUACACAGAGGCAGAAAUGUGGAGACUGGGGUACACAGAGCCAGAAAUGUGGAGACUGGGGUACACAGAGGCAGAAAUGUGGAGACUGGGGUAUGCAGAGGCAGAAAUGUGGAGGAUGGGAUAAAUACAGUGAGAUGGGUACGGAGGCUGAGGAAUACAUGGAAAGUGAUGUGGGAGCUGCGGUGUGCGGAGGCAAGGAUGCGGAAGACGUAGUAUACAACGCAAAGCAGAAGCAGAAGAAACUCAGCAUGCUGAGUGAUCGUGACGACCAGAUCGCCUGGAAUAGAGUGAUCGGCUAG